UUUUUUAAUUCAUCGAUUCAUGUUCAUUUAUUUUCUUGACUCUGUUUUAUGGAUAAUUCAGCACCACUAAAAACAAUUCACGAUUAUGCCAAAGAGAAAUCAAAUUACAUAUUAAAAUAUACGCUAGCUGGUCAUACAAGAUCAGUUUCAUCCUUAAAAUUUAGUCCUAAUGGGGAAUGGUUAGCAAGUUCAUCUGCCGACAAAUUAGUAAAAAUUUGGGGUGCCUAUGAUGGCAAAUUUGAAAAAACUAUAGUUGGACACACUUUGGGUAUAUCAGAUAUUGCAUGGUCAAGUGAUAAUAAGUAUAUAGUAACUGCAUCAGAUGACAAAACACUAAAAAUAUGGGAUGUUAAUUCAGCCAAUUGCCUAAAAACCUUAAUUGGUCAUUCAAAUUAUGUGUUCUGUUGUUCAUUUAACCCACAAUCAAAUAUGAUUGCAUCUGGAUCAUUUGACGAAAGUGUACGUUUAUGGGAUGUUAAAACUGGGAAAUGUUUAAAAAUAUUGCCAGCUCAUUCAGAUCCAGUGUCUGGAGUAGAUUUUAAUAGAGAUGGCUCAUUGAUUGUUACCAGUAGCUAUGAUGGAUUAAUACGUAUUUGGGAUUCUGCUACUGGUCAAUGCCUUAAAACAUUAUUAGAAGAAGAAAAUUUUCCUGUUUCAUAUGUGAAGUUUUCCCCAAAUGGAAAAUUCAUUUUAGCUGCAUCUCUUGACAGUAAAUUAAAAUUAUGGGAUUAUACCAAAGGAAAGUGUUUAAAAACCUACAAAGGUCAUCAAAAUCAAAAAUAUAGUAUAUUCGCAAAUUUUUCAAUAACAGGAGGAAAAUGGAUUGUUUCUGGAUCCGAAGAUAAUAAUGUAUAUAUAUGGAAUUUACAAACCAAACAAAUAGUGCAAAAACUCACGGGACACACUGAUGUUGUACUGUGCACAGCAUGUCACCCCACUCAAAAUAUUAUAGCAUCGGGAUCGUUGGAGAAUGAUACAACAAUCAAACUAUGGCAUAGUACUAAUUAGUGUUUAAAUUCUCACCUUAUAGACAAUAUUUGUGAUAUUUUAAUAUAUUAUAUAUGUAUAUUUAAACAAAGUAUUAUAUUUGAUAAAAUGGUAUUCAUUAUUA